CACGCCUCUCACUGACGGACAGUUUAAGAAGAAGCAGCAGCAGCAGCAGCAGCAGCAGCAGUGUAGACAGGAAGAGCGUUUAGUUGCUGUAUGCAGACAUGAGUGUCCCAGACUACAUGCAGUGUGCUGAGGACCAUCAGACAGUCCUGGUGGUGGUCCAGCCCAUGGGCAUCGUCCCAGAGGACCAGUUCUUCCGCAUCUACAAACGCAUCACCAGCGUGUGCCAGGUCAGCAUACGGGACUCCCAGCGCGUCCUCUUCAUCAGAUACCGCCACCAUUACCCGCCUGAGAACAACGAUUGGGGCGACUUUCAGACCCAUCGCAAAGUGGUGGGUCUCAUCUCAGUGACCAGCUGCACCACGGCCAAAGAGUGGCCUCAGACGUCAGACCGCUUCCACGGGCAGAAGGAGGUGUUUGGCUCCACGCUGUACGACUCGCGGCUGCUGGUGUUCGGGCUGCAGGGGGAGGUGGCCGAACAGCAGCGGACAGAUGUGGCCUUCUACCCCAGCUACGACGACUGUCCUGAUGUGGAGAAGCGGGUGGAGGAUUUCGUGGAGUCCAUAUUUAUUGUCCUGGAGUCCAAAAGGCUGGACAGAGCAACCGAUAAAUCCGGCGAUAAGAUACAACUGCUGUGUGUGCCAUUCGAGAAGAAGGACUUUGUGGGCUUGGACACAGACAGCAGGCACUACAAGAAACGCUGUCAGGGCCGCAUGAGGAAGCACGUCGGGGAUCUGUGUCUCCAGGCAGGCAUGCUGCAGGACGCGCUUGUACAUUAUCACAUGGCUGUAGAGCUGCUGCGGUCUGUCAAUGACUUCCUAUGGCUGGGAGCUGCUUUGGAGGGGCUGUGUUCUGCGUCUGUCAUCUUCCAUUACCCAGGAGGCACUGCGGGGAAGAGCGGAGCCCGCAAACCUGGCGUCUCCUCUGCUGCCGAUGCUGGAAAGAGACACAGACCUGGCGCUCAAGAAGUUCUCAUUGAUCCAGGUGCUCUGACGACCAAUGGCAUCAGUGCAGACACGAGCACUGAGAUCGGUCGUGCCAAGAACUGCCUGAGUCAGGAGGACAUCAUCGAGAAAUACAAAGAGGCCAUCUCUAACUACGGCAAGUAUAAGAGCGCAGGAGUGAUUGAGCUGGAGACCUGUAUUAAGGCUGUCAGAGUGUUGGCCAUUCAGAAACGAGCCAUGGAGGCUUCUGAAUUCCUGCAGAAUGCUGUUUACAUCAAUCUAGGCCAGCUGUCAGAAGAGGAGAAGAUCCAGCGUUACAGUGUGCUGUCAGAGCUCUACGAGCUCAUCGGCUUCCACCGGAAAUCAGCGUUCUUCAAACGCGUCGCGGCUAUGCAGUGUGUGGCGCCUACCAUCCCUGAACCGGGCUGGAAGGCCUGUUACAAACUCCUGCUGGAGACCCUGCCAGGAUACAGCCUCUCUCUAGACCCCAAAGACUUCAGCAAAGGAACCCAUCGUGGGUGGGCGGCAGUACAGUUACGGUUGCUUCAUGAGCUGGUUUAUGCGUCUCGUCGUAUGGGAAACCCAGGACUGUCUGUCAGACAUCUGUCUUUUCUACUACAGACCAUGCUGGACUUCCUCUCAGACCAGGAGAAAAAAGAAGUGACCCAGAGUUUGGAGAACUAUACGUCAAAGUGCCCGGGUGGAAUGGAGGUGAUCAGCCUUCCUGAUGGACUCAAACUUCCUCCUGUUCCUUUCACCAAACUGCCCAUCGUCAGAUCCGUUUCUCUGCUGAACCUGCCAGUGAGUCUACGUCCUCAUAAGGUGAAAAGUCUUCUGGGACAGGGCAUGUCCAGCGCCAGCCCAUUCAUCUACUCUCCAAUCACGAUCCACAGCAGAGGAGACGAGCGCUCAAAGAAGAUCGAUUUCCAGUGGGUGCAGGGCGAUGUGUGUGAGGUGCAGUUAAUGGUCUAUAAUCCCAUGCCAUUUGAGCUGCGGGUCGAGAACAUGCCCAAAAUGAUGGAGCAUUUUAAGUUCUCAUCACUGCUAUCAGGAAAAAAUGCAACUGAAUGCAUCAACACAUUCACCAACCUCAGAGGGUCUGCUCAUCUGUCCAGUGAAGACCUGUCCACCAGCGUGUCCUUGCAGCUGUUUAACGGAGAGACGCAGCAGCUGACCAUCACCCUGGAGAAUAUCGGCACAGAGAUGCUGAACACGCUGGAGCUGACGUCUAAAACCCUCAGCACUAAAG